AAAUCCCGACAGAGCCCCGGAUCCGCUUGUGAGGAAUGUCGUCGUCGCAAAUUGCGGUGUGAUCGACGCACCCCGAGCUGUGGUGUAUGUACCGCAACCGGGGUCAUCUGUCACUUUACCGCCACCCGGUCGGAGCGAGGCCCCAAACGGGGUCACUUGAAGCAGCUGCAGCAGCGCAUGGGUAUGUUUCACCGGAUUGACAGCGUCCUUGUGCAAUCGACCUUAGACAAUAUCAAGAUGGACAAGAUUCCAUUUUUGCCGUCAGAGGGGAUUGAGCCAUUGCUAGAUUCGCCGCCCACGGAGCCACAACUGCUGAUGUCUGUCACGGAGGUUCCGAUGUGGAUGCGUGAAGAACUGGAUCAACUAUACUUCGAUCGGGUGCAUGUUUUUGCCCCCAUUCUCCAUCAAGGCCGGUAUAUGGAAUGGAGUCGCCAGCGGGUCAAGAGUGAGGCAAAGACUGCUCUUCAGUACACCAUGUGGACGUUGGCAGCUUCGUUUUCCGGGCAGCUUCAGCACGUAGCCAGCGCCUUUUACCACGAAGCACGAUCUCGAGUGGAUCUGCAGAUGCUCGGGGACAAUGUGAUCGACACGAUAGAGAUUGAGAACUUGCAGGCGUGCAUUCUGCUGGUGAUGCACGAGUCUAUAACGUCGUACGAUGAACGCGGGUGGCUUCGGGCGGGGUAUGCCUUCCGGCUGGUGCAACGGAUGCGGCUGUAUGAGAUUGAUGCGCCGUCAUCACCCAGGCUCUCUGCCUGUGAAGAUUGGGUGGUGGUUGAGGAGCGACGGCGGAUGUUUUGGAUGGCGUAUUGCUUGGACCGAUUCCUCAGCAUGCGUGAUGGUCGACCCUUGACGCUGAUUGAGCACCUGAUAUCCACUCGACUCCCCGCCCCGGAAGCGGAGUUUCAAAGUGGACAGCCGGUCGAUAUGGAGCUUCUCUCCACUGCCAUCACCUCGGGCGGGCCGCGCCUGACCUCACCUUUUGCUGAAUGUAUCAUGACGACGACGGUCUGCGGCCGCGCCGUCAUCCACCACUACCAAACCAGUCUCGAGAACACUUUCACACACGACUCUUCCAACUUUCACGACCGCCACGAAUGGAUCCAUAACACCAUCACGCAGCGAAUCAACAUCCUCUCUUUCAAUACCCCCAAGUUCACUGAAAACAGUGACCCUAUGUUUCUUUUCACACGUAUUCUAGCGUCGACCACGGCGCUGUACCUCUAUCACACUCUCAGUCUCACAUCAUAUGAACUCAUUCCGGAGGACGACAUGUCGCCGUUCCCGGAUUAUGGCCAUGCUGCGUUGUUGGAAGCGCAGGAGAUGGUGCAUUUGGCAAAUAUAUUAAACAAAGUCAACUCCUUCAAGAUUCACCCUUUCACACACAUUCCACUGAGCCUUUGCGUUGACAUUUGCAACACGUAUAGAGACCGCGACGGCGCCAUUUGCGCUAAGCUCCAGGAGGUCUUCCAUACGCUGCGGAACCUCACGUGGGUGAACAGUCUUGGAGAGAAACUUCAACAGGUCCUG